UACAAACAUAUCAGAAGAAGACUCUGGCUCAUAACAGCAAAACACAUGUGGAAUAUGUCUUCAACGCGAGGGAUACAAGGCAUAUUUUAAGUAACCUUUAAGUUUCUAAACUUUAAUUACACCGACUAAACCAAAGAGCUUUUAUUACUUGAUACGGAUAGGAGUUAUUUCAGCUAUGUUUCGAAACAAAAACACACCAACUUUGCCUCUUCUGAUGAUGAUGGUGGCUAGCAUUGGCAUGUUAUUUAUUUAACAUGUUUGCAUUUUCUUUUACAUUUUAGUGUAUUUUUUCUAUUAUGAGCAUUCUUGUAGUUUUAUGCGACAGCAAUUUUGUUCUCUCAGGUGGAACUGCUACUCUAAGCAUCUAAGAAGGUGAUAAUAGUUGAUGACAAUGGACGAUCUAGAACACGAACUUUGUCUUCCGACACAGUUAGAACAUGGCAGUGAUUCUCCUGACAAUGGGUCGGCAAAAGAAAGGAAAAAGCCGAGGCUUCCACUGGCCGAUUCAUUUGUUGUGGAGACAAAAAGGGAAACAGGCUUUCACCGAUCCACAAGGAUUUGUCUGGAGAGGAUCAGAGAGGCGAUGCUCCAUCACAGAUGGCGAGAGGCAGCAGAAUAUAUGGCAUGGUAUCCCCAAAUGAUAGAAGACACCACAGCUGGCUCGGGACACCAUUACAAAGAGAUAAUCUGGAGAAUGAGCACAGAAAUCCUUCACCAUCACCCCAACUCAAAGAUGGAUGACUACAACGUCAUCUAUGAGCGAAUGAAACAUUCCGGAGUGAAACAUUACCUGAUGAUCUGUCUGGAACAUUCCUUCCACCUCAUGCUGCACGACCAAAUGGAGAACGCAAAGCGUCACUUGGCCGUUGCUGAAAGUUGGCGGCACGGGAAAGAGUCGGCGUGUCAGAUUCAGAUGACAAAACUCAUCCAGGCUUAUAAGAGUUUGCUUGAUUUUAUCAUCUGGAGCGACAAGAAAAACACACACAGCAGCACCAAUUUAACUGAUCCCCAGUGCAAUCAAGAACUACAGAACUAUUUCAGACAAGCAUCAGUCAAUCUUAAGGAGAUUUUGAAAUAUCCUGGCGUCUGGGAUACCUUCAUACUGAGUUAUGUUGAGAUGCUGGAAUUCAAUGAGGAUCACCAAGAGGCAGAGCAAGUCUUGCAAGACUACGCGUAUGACAACACCUUCCCAAGUAACCCAAACGCGCACGCCUAUCUGUAUCGAUAUUUGCAAAGACACAACGCCUCAAAGAGCAAGUUGAUGAAAGUUUUGAAGAUCCUCCAUAAGUUAGUCCCAAGCCAUGAGCUGAUGUUGGAGUACAGUUCCUUUCUGCUGGGCUCAGAGAAAAAAAGCCACACAAAGAAGGCCUUGGGGGUCUUCCUUGAUAUGCUGGACUACGCCUGUUGGAGGACAAACGUGAACGUAUGGGGUGGAUUAAAAUCUGUUAUCGAUAAAUUGCAAUUACAUGACGACUGGACAGAGGUUGUUGCUGAGAAGAUGGCUGCAAGAAAAGGCUGGUGGCCUGCACUGCACUUCACAAGGUUUCAUGCAACUGAAGAUGCCGAGCAAAGACCUCAGUUGAUGCAAGUGAAAGCAUCAUUAACCAAAAUCCUCUGUCCAGAUAUACAACUCACAUAUUCUGCUCCCCAAAAUAGUCAAAGGUGACGUGACAGAACCUGAAGAACUUUUUGACUUUUUUUUCUUACCCAUUUGGGAACAAUAUCAGGUAGUAUCCUCUCUGUCCACUGCGUGGCGCCCUUGUUCCAUGUUUUACCUCAAUGUGUGGCGGAUAUGACAGCCUUUUCUGGACACAACACAAAUUUAGCUCAGAGCCAGCAUUCAUGUGUAUUUUAUGUUUUUUUGGAGCAUUUAAUUGGAAGUCUUCCUCUGUCCUCGGUUGACUUUUGCCGCACCAUUGGUAUACACACACACACACACACACACAUAGCCUCUCCGUCAGCUCUGUUGUCAUGACAGAUUACUCAACCAACACAGACCUCUCAAGAAUCCAGCGUGCUUUAAUUUGGAUUAGCAUGGCGGAUUGUUGACAGGAGGCUCCUAUUGUGUGGAUACGAAUUAAAAUGAAAGCUUUUUAGGACACGCUGAUGAAAUGGUGGGUCAAGCCGCAUAAUAAAUGUGCUAAUAUUUAGCGCACUGUAAAAUUAUGGUUGACUAUCUUCCAGUGUAACGUCAUCAUGUAGAUGACCGCGUUGGUCUUUUGUAUUAUAAAAAAGUCUGCACGGAGCAGGAUGCCAAUUUAAUAAAUGGAAGUGUUUUGUAA